GUGUGCACAGCGACAUCAUCGAUGACAGAGGAGUUGGAUGGCUGUGCACGUAUGCUGGCCCGGUUCAGGAGACCCUGAAUGCGAUCACCGGCGGGGAUCGCAGCAAAGUGAUCUUGAACAUAGGAUGUGGAAUCGACCAGCUGAGUCCCGACAUCUACAAAGAUGGAUACACGAACUUGCUGAGCUCAGACAUCUCUCAGCAUGCCAUCUCCGAGAUGCAGGAGAAAACCGCAGCGGAGAUGCCCUUGGCAAAAUGGUUCGUGGACGAUGUCACCAACAUGACUCUGCCAGACGAGUCUGUGGACAUAGUUGUAGACAAGGGCACGCUCGAUGCGGUGCUCAUCCAAUCCGAGCCUUUCUUGUCAGCUGCAAGGAUGCUGAAAGAGGUGCAACGCGUCCUCAAGGAGGGUGGCAUCUACUUCCUCAUCACCCAUGGUCGAGGUGAUCCUGACACCUGGCGGAUUCCGGUCCUCACGCUGCCUCACCUGGGCUUCAACAUUGCCAAGACACCGGACAUGGGUGGCUACUUCAUCUUCGUUUGUACCAAGCUGGCUCAGCCUGAAGCCGCAGUGGCAGCCGCGAAGUGGAAGGAGGCGGAGGCUUGGGCCAGGCAGCGUGAUGAUGAGGACCGUGAGGCUGAAUAUGCUGCUGUCGACGAAAUUGGCCAAUGA